CUGUAUAUCGCAGAAAUGGCUAAGUAACAUGCGGAAAGAUUCUGGCAAAGUAUUUGAAUACCAUAACACACUCACAUGACGAGCGCUAAUAGUUCUUGUUGGGAAGCAGUUAACAGUCAACGCCCUUUAUUGUCCUGUUGGUUUGUCAGGUGCUGUUGAGACGCAUCGUGUUGAGCAGGGCUUGUGUUUGGAUAUGUUCGCUUGCGCUUUUGUAAAGCUGUCUACUUAAAAUCCAAAGUUAACACUGCACGUCGUGUUUUUAAAUAUACAUCGUGCAAAAUGAAAAGCUGCGUUUCCGUGUUUAUUGCUCUUUUCGCUGCGAGCUGUGUUUGGCUGGAAGGCUCGAGUCUGUUGCACGGCAGGAGAACCUCUAAAUUCACUAUGGUGUGGGGGUUUUCUUGGAAAAACUGCGGUAAACAAGAUGAUCCUGCACAGUUGAAGUCUCUUAGUAUAUCUCCAGAUCCCAUUGCCAUCCCUGGACAGCUGACAGCAGCUGCAUCAGGAUCCACAUCAGUAGAGCUGGCAUCUCCUCUCUCUGUGAACGUGACAUUAGAAAGAGAAGUAGUUGGUGUGUGGGUGAAAAUACCAUGUUUGGAUGAAAUAGGAAGUUGUCAUUAUCCUAAUGUCUGUGACCUGCUCGAUCAACUCAUUCCGCCAGGACAGGACUGUCCUGAGCCUCUGCAUACAUACGGCCUACCCUGCCACUGCCCGUUCAAAGCUGGUGAUUAUGCUUUGCCAUCAUCAGACAUCGUCAUACCAGAUGUUGAACUGCCUGGCUGGCUGACCAAUGGCAACUACAGAGUACAGGGCAUUUUAGGAAACUCUGGUAAAGAACUGGGAUGCCUCAAAAUCAGCUUCUCAUUGCAUUCCUCCAAGAAGUAAACGAAAGGUAGCAUUUGAUUCAUCUACAGGACUUUUACUUAAGGUUGUCUAACUUUUUUAAAUGAUUAAAUUUUAGUCAUAAUGAGCACAUUUCUUUUUAACUAACAAGGAAUCUCAUUGAAUUGUUUUUAAAUGAUUGGUGGAAGUUGUAAAUAUUGUUUACAUCAGUUUACUUCAUAAAGUUUGACUGCACAGUUUGGUUUUCCUUUUCAUUUUAUUUCUUAAUUUAAUUAACAUGUUAACAAUGCUUUGUCUAGUUUUAACUGCUGGUUUUGUGAUUUGAUUUCUGGCAUUAAUAAAGUUCAGUGUCUAGGUGAAACUAAAUCAGUUCUCUUUAAAAGAAACAAUUCUGUUUUUUUGUUUUUAAUAAACAUUCAAGUGUUUAGUAGUUA